AUGAGCUCUGUGUGUUGUUCGACUUGCAAGCGAAAAAUCGAAACGGCGAUCAUCAACUGCGUCGAGUGCGAGGAGAGAUUCUGCACGAACUGCUACAGAAAAUGCCCGACAGUGAGAAACCACGUGCCUGCGCACAAAUAUACAGUUGACCAGAACGACAAGAGCUUUUUGCGCAAAGGAUACACCUAUGAACAGGAGAAGGAGAUUUUAAAGGCGGUGGAGAACUGUCCCUGGUCGAUUUCGAGCGAAUACACGGACUUUUACCUGCGCGGCCCGAUCAGCGACCUCACUGUCCCAGAAAACAAAUCCGUAAUCGUCGACCACACCGAAGACGUAGAAGACACCACUCUCAAAAGACCGCUGAAGGUUGCCUUCGAAGACCAAGUCAAACUCGGGCUUUACGCAAAACGCGACGACUUCGUGCCAGAAGUGCACGACGACGCGGAAGACGCGCUCGUCAAUCUUCCCGAAUCUCUGCCGCAAGAAAUGAGGGACAUCGCCGGGAAGAUCUUUCACACCAAAUUUGCAGAGAGGCAUCGCAUUCGACGGGUGAUUCGCAAAUACAAACUCGUUGACAGAUACCUCAAGUACAAAACCUCGAAGAACUCUUUCGAAAAAAUUUUCCAAUUCCGCGGCGCCGAACAACUCACCACGCGCAAGAAACUCUUACAAACGCUUUUCGGAAAGGCGAAAGCUCAAGACCGCUACAAUCGCCGCUCGAAUCGGCUCAAGAAUUUCGCCCGAAAAGGAUGCGUCCGUUACUCUGACAUAGAAAAAGAAAAUCAACGCGGAGCUUGA